AUGAACACCACCAUUCGAGAAGAGAAUUGCAAAUCAGUCGAUCUUGACGGCUUUGGCUCCACCGCCGACGACGCUUGGUUCGAUUACCACACUGCACCUAUGGACGGCGAGGAAGAGACUGGGGCGCAUCCCCAUCAAGUUGCGGCUUUCAAAGCGUACAUGAAAGGCGACUCCACACCAUCCGAGACAGCUGCCAUCAUGACCAAGCCUCAUGAUCCCGACGAGAGGACUGACAUACAACGCCGACAUACAACGCCGCCAAGCUGUCAAACGUGCCGCAAGCGAAAAGUAAAAUGUGACCGCACGCCGGGGAGAUGCCAAAGAUGCCAUCGAUUUGGUGCAGAAUGUGUUUACCAGUCUGAUUCGAUAUCUUCUCAUGCGUCGCACGUGACGCACCCAGCCGACGCCAGGACGCAGGCUGGACUACAGCGGAAACGUGCUUGGCGCUCCUGCAUUCAAUGCAAACGAGCUAAGGCAAAGUGCUCCGGGGGCACUGGCUGUGUUCGCUGUACUCGGAAAGCCUUGGAGUGCUCUUAUGAAAUGGAUGGUAUUCCUCGAAAUCUAUCCAGUCUCGAGGCAAGGUCGCAUGCAGUCCCCGCCUGGCUCAUGACAGCCGACUUGCCGUCAGGUGAAGGAUUGAACCAGCUCGUUGAAGUAUAUUUUGAGCGUAUCCACACUGUGCGAUGUCUAGGAUUCCUACACAUCCCAACGUUUAUGGAGAAGUUGAAGAGCUCUGACAAAAUAUAUACCGAGGAAUCCGGGCUUCUUCAUGUCAUGUGUGCCUUGGCCGCGCCGUUUCUCUACGGCGAUAUCUGCAGUCACGGUGAUGACGUUGUCGAUCGCGAAUUGAGAUUUUACGAGGCAGGGAAAGGUUGGGCAGAUACUGCACUGCAGUAUUCAUUCCGAAACCUAGGAACCCACAAACUGGAAUGCUUGGCGACAGAGGUUCUGCUUCACGAAUACUAUUUACGUACUGGAGAAUAUGCGAAAGCAUUGGUGGUUUCUGGGCAAAUUGCCAGGCACUUGCAGCUCCUUCAGCUGAACGUGGAAUAUGACCCCGAAGCUCAUCGGAAAGCACGAUUGUCUACUCCCGUCAAGGAAAGCAGGAGGAGGCUUAUGUGGGCUUGCUAUCUGCUCGAUGCUUUCAUUGAGUGUGGCAUCGAUCAACUUCGCCUAAUCUCGGCGGAGGAUAUCCAUGUCCAGCUGCCAUGCCCUGAGGAUUUGUUUAUUAGAGGUACGCCUUGCGUUACGGAAACGCUCCACUCCCGCGAAGUACCUCCUGGCAUGCAUACGCAUUUCGAUAUUCCCGACAUGCGAGCAUUAUAUAUCCGUGCAAUCAGGCUUCGUGCAAAGAUUCUUAAGUACAUGAAAGAGUUAGAAGAUGAAGUACCCUGGGAGUCCGACAAUCGGUCGCGGUUCUCUCUUCUCAAUACGGAGCUUCAGAAUCUUGAAGCCUCCAUUCCAGAUGCAUUGAAAAUGACUACCGCGAACAAGUAUCUGUAUAAAGCAUCAGGGCGACUCAAUCUCUUUUUCGGUCUUCACAUUGUACUCUCUCAAACAUCCAAUGAUUUAUAUCGGAUCUGUGUCUCACAGCUGGUAUUCCCCGAUACCUCGACCAAAUGGAUCCGAGAGCAUGCACCAAAAUCUUUUCUCGAACGGUGUCACCGCAUGUGCUUGGAGAAAGCAGUAUAUAUUGCGACCCUCUUGAAGGAUUUAUGGCUGUGUCACAAGCCCAGUCUCAUUGAUACAUUGUAUGCAAACCAUGUUCAAAUUUGCAGCAGUGUUUUAGUGACUACUCUUCUCUCAUGGGGUGACACCGCGCCUUUGCUUCCCCAAUUUGACUAUAAGAGUUAUCGCACAAUGCUGCAAGAUAAUCUCACAAUCCUGCAGUACCUGCAAAAGUACCUCAAUGUAGAUGCAUACUGUCAGUCUGCAAAAGAAGCCCUGAAACGGUUUAACCAGCUUUUCCCGGCAGAAGCUCCAUCACAAAUCCAUCGUCCAUUAAAGGAUGGCAUGAUCAAUGACCAAGUGGUGACGCACUCGCAGUCCUCCCUUGAGUACAUUCUGAACCCUUUGGGAACAUAUCCUUUAGCUCGGAAGCAGACACAAGAUCAGCCUACAUUCAAUAACACCGAGAAGGGAGAAGCCAUAGUGGGUGAAGCGCUCAAUAUGAUGCCUGAACAACCGGUCACAAUUGGUGAUGACAAUGUUGAUAGUUUGGAUGAAUCGGUCUCUCCUAGUCCUUUUGAAUGGGGGUCGGAGACUCUGAUGUUUGAUUCCGCAGGAUAUCCCACUUUCUUAGACCAGCUUACGGGAUGGGGCUCUACGAACUUGGAAUGGAAUGAAUGGGGAAAUUAA